AAGGUUGGGAGGUAAUACACUAUUUUCUCUGUUAUAUAAAAUAAAAUAUAUUGAGCUAAAACUAAAACCCUAAACCCUAUCAACACUGUAUCUAUAUCCUCCCAUAGCUCCCAGAUCUCUCCUUUUUCUCCUUUUCUACAAUUCUACAAUAAUAAUGGCUUCAAGGUGUAGCAGAAUUAUCAAUAUGACUUCCAUUUCUACUAUCAGAUCCGCCAUUAAACUCAAUUCCAAAUCAGCUUCUUCUACGACGUCGUUACCCAGUUUUUCUGCCUCAACCAGAUCUGCUUCGUCACCUCUCCGCCGUUUAUCCUUUUCAAGAAUUCCAUCAGAGCUGGGAGGAUUGCAGUCAAUGUUGCCACUACACAAUGCAGUUGCUACGGCGAGGAUGACGUCAUGCCUGAGCUCAACAUCAAGGAGUUGCAGAGCUCUUUCUCAGGAGCUGGGUCUCUCGGUACCAAGGUGACUUUGUUAGCAGACUGUUAAAGAAAGUUGUCAACUCUGACCGGAAAGACAAGAUUUGCGUAGGCAAGACAGUUCUGUUUAAUGACUGCUCAAACUUUAUAUACGUGGUAAACAAUAUUUGAAUGUAUUGAACUUUCAGCUGGUUUUGCUGUUAAUCCUGAUGUCCAAAACCUUCAAUACUAGGAAAAUUGCUGCGGAAUAAUCCUUAUUUCGUUAUUUAGUUAUUGGGCCAGUUUGUUAUUCUGAAAUGGAAGAGGUUGAGUUGUAUCA